UAUUGUGCUCAGGGCUUUACGCACAGUAACUCAGCUGCACAACAAAUUGUUUUUUCUGUUUGAAUAUUAUAAACGAUUUCUUUUCUCGUCAAGUCAAUCAGUAAAAAAAUUGAACAUUGUCGGGAUUUUUCAUAUUCAAUUAAUACGAGUUGGUAAAUUUAAUCUAGUCUGAUUUUUAUUCACUGUCUUAUGGAUUCUACUAAAUAAAAUCAUUCAACACUGACGUUACCGUAUGUCUCCUGUGAUUUCUCUCAAGGCCUCGUAUUUAUGUAACGGUUUUUUUUACUAGAAAUUUUGUCAAUUCACGAUAGUCGAGAAAAUUUGUCUUGAUGUAAAAAUUGAAGGGUGAACUAUAAUAAAGCAAAAAGAAAAUAUAAUGGAUCAAAUAGAUAAAAAUAAUUUGCAAAAAGUUGAAUUAGACAAAGCUUCUGCGCCCCAAAGGCCAGUAGCAGGUUGCAGUAAAGAAAUAAUUAAUAUCCAAGAAAAUGAAAAUGAACUCACAUUAUCCGAUGUUCUAGAAGCUCUUGAAGAUAUUCGUGUGAAAUUUGCAGAGCGAACUGAAGAAUUUGUUCGAUUAUUUGCAAAUACUGAAGGUGACAUUUCAAAAAGAAUCGAAAAUGAAGAAGAGAUCGGUGCUAUUCAUUCACUGGCAAAGAAUGUGUCAACUUUAAAUUUAUCUGACGAUGGAGAACAACCACCAACUGUUAAACCUGUCGCGAUCGCAAGCUCUUCGAAAACUGAUGAGCUUUACUGCAAAGAUACUUAUUAUAAACUUAGAGGAAUUUUUCCGAACAUCGAUCCUUCUUUCAUUAAAGAAAAAUGCAAAAAUCCUCCAUUUAACAUGAUGGGACUCAGUAAAGAAGAACAACUUAACAUGUUCGUCGCAGUAUUAUUAGCCGAUGGUUCAAAUCAUGAAAUUCCUAUCGAAAUUAGUGACGAAUCGGAUGAAGUUGAUGAAAACAAAGACGAACAGUAUGAGAGUCUUUUGGAAAUAUUUCCUGAAGCUGAUCCGGAGUAUUUGAGAAAAAUUGUCGAUACGUGUAAUGGACAAAAACUCGAAAAUUUUAUUCAAACUAAUUUAGAGAAACCAAAUUAUCCAACAAGGGCUGAGUUUCUUGAAAAAAUGAAAAAAAAAAAAAUUAUUCGAGAUCAUACAACAGAAUUUAGUGUUGAUAAAUUUCUCCAAAUGUUUCCUAAGCCUAUUGAGUAUUUUGAAAAUCCAGCACGGAAAUGCGAAUAUAAUGUGAAUUCGAAACUUUUUCUAACAGACUACUUCAAUAAGCAUAAGAUUGUUACGAUACAAGCAAUUUAUAGAAAGAACAAUUUUAAUUUAAGUCUAACCGCUAAUGUAUUGCAAAAUAAGAAAAAGGAUUUGGUAUCGAAACGACGUACUAAUUAUUCAAUUGAUAGAAUUCAAGAAAUGGCUCUAGUUCAAGAAAUUACUUAUAUUAAAUUCAAAAACGAAAUAGUACAAUAUUUGGAGGAUACGAAGAAGCGAGAUGAGGAAGAUUUUAAGAGAUGUAAAGAACAGGGUUUAUUGGUCGAAUGUCAGUGCUGUUUUAGUAACGAGUGCCUGCCGAAAAAGUGUUUCGCCUGUGAUGGCGGUCACCUUUUCUGCAACACUUGCAUUUUGGUGGGAAGUGAGUCCAAGAUCGGAGAUGGACUGUAUCAGAUAAAUUGUUUUGAAGACUGUGAACGAGAAUUUAGUCUUUCGGUGCUGCAGAAUGUUUUACCACCAUCAUUAUUCAGCAUUCUUCUGCAGAAGAGACAAGAGGCGGAAAUAAUUGCUGCUGGCAUAGAAGGAUUAGUGUCGUGUCCUUUUUGUCACUUUGCUUCUAUACCACCACCGGAAACAAAAGUCUUUAAAUGCCUGAAUCCGGAUUGCAUGAAAGAGACUUGCAGAUCUUGCAAAGCAUUAAAUCAUGUUCCAUUGAGCUGCGAAGAAUUAGUGAAAGAAGACGAAGCCCGUCUGAAGCUCGAGGAGAACAUGACGAAAGCACUGGUACGCACAUGUUACAAGUGCCAAAAACCCUUUUUCAAAGAAGAGGGAUGCAACAAGAUGACUUGCAUGUGUGGAGCUUCAAUGUGCUACCUGUGUUUAACGCCCCUCCAACAAGGAGACUACAAACACUUCAAUGGACAAGGAGCGGAAAAUGCAAAUUUGUGUCCUUUAUGGAGCGAUGACAAGCGAAUGAACGCCGAAGCAGUUAGAAGAAUUGCUGAAGUCACAGAAAGUGAACUUAAGAAGAAAAACCCCAAUUUACAAUUAACCGCGAAAUCAAUUUUACCAGCAUUGCCACAAAAAGUAAAGGGGCCUCAUGAAAAUAUUCCUAACGCAGAUGCAUUACCGGAACACAUUUUAAGAAUGGCGAACAAUCCGUAACAGCGAUUUAGUGAAUCAAUCUUCCAAGUGCCAAAGGCUACUCAGGAAUUUAUUUUCUUCUACGACAUUAAUUUAUUUUUAUUUAUAAGCGACAAAUUAAUUUACCAAACACUAGUCAUCAACUUUCUUCAAUGUGAGUUUCUCUAUAAAAGCUUGCUACC